CAGAUCUCGUCCAGACUCCAGAGUCAACUUCCAAGGUUUUUGGGGAAGGUCAGGGUUGAUUCCGCACGUACAGGAUUCUGCAGUGGAGGGCAAUGCCGCCGCCAUUGCGGCAAUAAGUGCGGAGUCUGAGGGUACCUAAACCAUGGUUCGCUAGCAUUGGCGAAGAAGCGAUGGUCCACGCGGCAUUGGGCCUCUUGCAACAACCCGUGCGGUAAUGUGAGAUCUGCCCGAAACUAUGGCUGCCAUUCCUAGCCAGUUUCUCCUGUCUCUCUCUGGGCUAGGAUCACAAUGGAACCGCCCCUUCUCCCCGCAAGUCAAGAGGCAGCAGAUGGCGCGCACAUUCAACAGCAGCGUAGCAUUCGUUCUGUUCCUCGUGUUUGGGAUCGUCUUCUUCAACGGCUUCUUCCUCUGGCACAGCCGCAGUAACUUAGCCAAGGACAUGUGUUUUACGGAGGGUCUAGGGUUGCACGGCAAGGUGGCGGUUGCUCUUGCCUUUGCCGAAAGGCAGGCGGGGAACGCUUUGGAUGCACUGAAGGGGUGGGACAGUCAGGGCCCGUGCGAGCAUCGGGGCGUCGCGCACCGAGCAGUGUUGCUGCUCUACGGUGACAUGGACAUGAGCGCAGAGUCCGAAGGCGCGAAUGCCUUACGCAGAUAUGCCGCGGAGUCGCCAAACAUCAAGGCCUGCUUUUCAGAGGUCGCGUUUGUGUCGGCGAACCUCUCGGACGCGGAUGACGUCUACGACAAGAAGCGGACGAACCACCUGUGGACGAGGGGGCCCAACAUGAUGUUCUACAACCUCAUGUUCGAGCACCUCACCAAGCUCCAGAUCAUGGAAGUGCAGCACCUCUUCUGGAUGGAGCCUGACGUCACCCCCGUCCAGUCCGGAUGGCUCGACAAGCUGCUGACGGAAGCCGCGAAAGGCGACUACUGGAUCCAGGGCUCUGCUUUCCGCGGGAAGUGCCUCCCAUGGCCCGAGGGAAAGUGCGAGGCGAUCGGGCGUGACAUCAUUUCGCACAUCAACGGGAACGCGCUGUACCACACGGGGGACCUGAACUUCGUCAAGUUUAUGUUUGAGGUUGCGAACGGGAAGUUCAUGCACUGGCCGUUCGACCUCGCGCCACUCAUGCAUAUGCAGCAGGUAUGGACCGAGCUGGAGUACCGCGAGAAGAUGCACCUGUACCAGCGCGUGGACUGGAUCCGCAACUAUGGGCCGUACCCGGUGGACCUUCCCGCCCUGCCCAGCAGCGUCCUCUUUGCGCACUUCUCGCCACCGCUCGUGGAGGGCGAAGUGGCCGACGAGACCAUCGUGCUGCCGGAGAUCGACGAGUGGAUGGCCGGGGUUAUCAAAAAUGAAAAUGGAGCAGCGCAGAAGGCCGUCGACCUCGAGCGCCAAGUGGCGCAAUUACUGGCGACCGCAAAUGCGCAGACCGUCCAAACCCUGCCGCUAAGCGACGAUGUCGCACCCUCAAACGAAACCCAGUCUAACGACGCCGCCCUCCGGAAUGCCCUCGAGGGGGCCGCCAACAAGCGGCGGCAAGUCAUCGUCGGUCUAGUUACCGCUGGCUGGCACGACAUGCUGGCGAACUUUGCGCACCAUCUGCGGCGAGUUGGGGCGCUAGAAAACCUGGUCUUGGUCGCCGUAGAUUCGGAGAGUUUCAAGAAGUUUGGCGGGGGCAAGUUGGAGGGAGUGGGGGGAGUGCUCGACCUGUCGGGGGGAUCCCCCGAGGAAAAGGACGUGGGUGCUAGAGUGAGGAAGAUCCGGUACGGGGUCCUCGUGCGGUGCCUAAAGCAAGGGUACCACGUACUCAGCAGCGAUCUGGACAUCGUCUGGCAACGGGCGCCGUUCAAGUUCUUCCAGAACGAGCUAGACUUACAGGUGCAGAGUAACAGUCGGACGGGGUUCCGUGAACAGAGUCCCGGGGGAAAGGCGGUCGAAACUGUGGUCGGCGCGGGGCUGCAUUACUCGGUGGCGCGGACGCGCGUGGUGGAGUUUUGGGAGGGCGUCGCGGAGGCGGUGGGACGAGGCGGGGUCUCCGAUGCAGACGCAAUGCACGAGCUCCUUGUGCGGGGCCGCCCCCCCCUCCGGUGGCGCAUCCUCGAGCCGACUCUCUUCCCCAACGGGGCCCUCUUCUUCGAGUCCACCCUUCCUCAGUCGCUCCAGAUUGCCCCGAUUGCCCUCCACAACAACUGGGCCGACAACCGCGCAUCCGCGAUCUACCGCCUGCGCGAAGCCAACUUGUGGGCGGGGGAUCCCCCUGAGUACUCCCGCCCCGGGGGGCGGAAGUUCCUGACGUUCUGGGACCCCCUCGAGGACAACGGGCUGAAUAACCAGCGCAUGGCGCUGAGGAACGCGCUCGCGUUCGCGCGCCUGUUGAACCGCACGCUGAUUCUGCCGGUGUUUCAUCGGGACCACAUGGUCGACUCGCCGGUGCCGUACGAUUUCUUCUUCGAUUACGAGGCGCUGCAGGAACACUUUCCGGGAGUGCUUCCACAGAGUUUCCUCGCUACGGCGUUUCCGGAGUGGGAGAAGCUCCCGGUGCAGUACAUCAACAACGGCCCGCCGUCGCCCGUCGGCGAGGCUUGGUGGCCGCGCGCGAAGGAGUACCAGUCCAAGUACUACCACCUGGGGGCCAGUCAGGAGGAGAUCCUGGGCUGGUUUGGCGGAAACAACGACCAGGUGCUGAUCUUCUACAACAUGGUGCGGCGGUUUGGCAAGUUCGACGAUGCUGGCGCACAGGAAAAGUUCCACCGGCAAGCUUUCCACGGCAUCGCUCCCAACCCCAUAGUCGUCGAUACAAAGGACCAGAUCGUCAACGCAAUGUUACAGAAAGCCGGGACGGAGGAGUUCAGCUGUCUCCACUUGCGAAGGGGCGAUACGUUUAUGCUAGACCAUCCCGAGGAAAAGCCCAUCUCCGAAGUCGGGGACACCAUUUUGCAACACGUGUCGACCGACCUGCCGCUCUACGUGUGCACCGACGUUGCUACGGACGAGACGAGGAAUGCGUUCCUUGAGAAGGGGUUCAAGAACGUGUUCUUCGUUCAAGACUUCUUCCCUCCGUGGAGGAAGUCGUACGUCGAGUCGCCGAGCGGCGACUUUAACAUGCGGUACGGGCAGAUAGACCAACUAACUUGCAGUAAAGCGAAGACGUUCAUAGGAAACAUCUACUCGACGUUCACGUGGCAUAUUGCUUACCUGAGGCAAAUGAACGGGCUGGGACAGGUGUGUCAAGACGUUUAUGACCGCCAGCUUGGGGAGGGCCAAUUCUUCAUCUAGAGAUCAUCAGGUUUGCAAAGUGACACAGUCCUUGGUUCUAGCUUUUGAGGCGUUGUGGCGCCCUCUUAUAGCAGCAUUGCCCGUACUAACCAAAACGGUUGAUCGUUCGUCCAUAGAAUCGGCAUGAGUUGGCCGGUUUUGUCCGAUUAGCGUCGGCGCGUAGGUAUAGGCCGAAGUAAUCCAGGUUCACUCAGCAUGACACGGAUUAAGUUCCAUUACGUAUGGUAGGGUCUGUCUCAAAACGUACCUGUAACAUAUAUGAUUAUUGGACGGCCGGACCCUGAACUAGGUCUUCAAGCUAGUUUUUCAUCUUUUUGGCCCACGGAAAGCACUAAACAUUGUGUAAGGAAUGCAUGAUCAUUCCAGACUGGAG